AUGGCGGAGGAGCAAUCAGGGAAAACGGGUUCUCAGCCUACCAUUGUAGUUCCACACCAAAACAAGGUCCAGCCAUACGGAGGACAAGGACCUCAGCCGGGAAGUACUGGUCCUCAGACCUCAGGACAACCUGGACCAGUAACGGGUCAGCCAGGGCCAAUAAUAGGUCAACCAGGACCAGGACAACCAUUUGGUUUCCAUACAAGUAACACCACCGUGGUUGUAACACAACAGCAAGUACCAACUCGACCUCCAAAACGAGGCUGGAGCACAGGCUUAUGUGGUUGUUUCGAAGAUUUUGGAUCCUGUUGUGCUGUUCUGUUAUGUCCACAAUGCUACAUGUGUUACCUGUCCAGUAAGCUUGGAGAGUCCUGCUGUCUGCCAUGCGCAAUCUCUGGAACCGGUGCAUUGAUUCCUCUCCGAACCAAGAUCCGCGCAGAGAACAAUAUUCAUGGCAGUAUUUGUGACGAUUGCUGUAUGGUCUGUUGGUGUCCUGCCUGCGUCAUGUGCCAACUGUCACGUGAAUUCGAUAAUAUUCAAAUUAACCAUUAA